ACCAUUUAGACUCACCAUUCCUCUCCUUCCAUGGAUAACUCUUAUCCCUUCCUUCAAGACACAAGAUAUACCCAUCAUUCCUCUCCUUCCAUGGACAACUCAACGUGAAAGUGAGGACAAAAAUUUAGACAUUUAGAUUUCAUACAAUACAAACACACAUACAUGGCUGAGAAGGAGUUCACCACUGCUGAACUGGUGGAGGCCCAGGCACAAGUUUGGAACCUCAUGUUCGGCUACUUGAAAUCCAUGUGUCUCAAGUGUUCACUGGAGCUCGGUAUCGCUGAUGUUCUCAAGAAACAUGGCAAGCCAAUGGAGCUCUCUGAGUUGACCUCGGCUCUCUCAAUCCCGCCAUCAAAGUUUGAACCUUUCGAUCGCUUCAUGGCUACUCUAGUUCACCUAGAGUUAUUCGGCAAAAAACAAGAUGAUUUAGGUGCCACAAAGUAUAUGCUUACACCGGCAUCCCAUCUCUUGGUUAAAGAUGAAGCCUUGAACAUCACACCUUUAAUUAUCUUGAACCUAGAUCCUUUCAUUUGUGACUCUUCACAUGUCUUGGCGCCAUGGUUCAAGAGCCCUAAGGAGUCUCCGUUUGAGCUUUAUUUUGGAAAAGGGAUUACGGAUGUACUUGGUGAGAAGCCGGAGUUUAACAAGAUGUUAAAUGAAGGGAUGGCUAGUGAUUCAAGAUUUGUUUGUAAUGUUGUUAUGACGAGCUGCAGAGAUGUGUUUAAGGGGUUGAAGUCAGUGGUCGAUGUUGGUGGUGGCACUGGAACUAUGGCAAGAAGUAUAGCUCAUGCUUUCCCGGGGAUUAAGUGCACUGUGUUUGAUCUCCCUCAUGUGAUUGAUACCGUGGAAGAUCAACAACCUGGUGUGGAGUAUGUUGGAGGUGACAUGUUUGCGUCUGUCCCUCAUGCAAAUGCUGUGUUAUUGAAGUGGAUUUUAAAUUGCUGGAAUAAUGAAGAGUGUGUCAAAAUAUUGCAAUGUUGCAAGGAAGCCAUUCCACCUAGAGCGGAUGGGGGGAAAAUUAUUAUAAUUGAUAUGGUGAUCGGAGCUGUAGCAAACAAACAUGUUUGUGCAGUAGAAACUCAACUACUUCAUGAUUUAUUACUGAUGAGUCUCGCCGGUGGAAAAGAAAGAAAUGAACGUGAAUGGCAUACUAUAUUUGUAUCUGCAGGUUUCACAGAUUAUAAAAUUACGCAUUUUUUAGGUAUCCGAUCAAUUAUUGAGUUAUAUCCUUAAAAAGGGUGGCUUAUUUUAAAUAGUUUAAUUACUAAUAAAUUUUAAAUUUAUAUGAAGCAUCUGUAUCGAGUGAACAUGCUCAGUUUGUUAUUUUAUAUAUUUUAAUAGAAUAAAUAUUAUUUUAUAUAUUAA